UCUAAAUUAGUCACUAUAGAAGAAUCGAUCAUGAAAUAUGUGGUACUAAUACGUGCAAAGAUACAGCACAGUUCAGCACAUAAUUAACUGAAGUCUUGACAGUCUAACCCUUAUAUGUUCAUUGAACGUAAUCAUCAUCGUGUGUGUGCUGCACCCUUAAUUCUGUUGUCGCUGAAGCGUCUAUGUUAAACAUAUAUUAUAUAACAUAUGGUAUGUGCCAUAAUGUGUAUGUCACAGACUUUGGAAAAAUGAGUUCGGAGAGCAAGGAUGUGACGUCAUCGAACGUUGAGGAGACAAAAUCAGGCCAGGUCUCGAAAAAGGGAAGCUGCUGUCUGCUGGCCGACAAAAUCUCGGCUCGAUAUAUUUUGUCGGGCUUGUUUUUCCUGGGCAUCGUUUUCUUAACCCCAACCAGGAACGGAUUCAGCGUCGCCAUCGUGGUCAUGGUGAACAGUUCAUCGUCUGCUUCACCUGUCAAUCAAACUGCUCCCUACCAACUCUGUCCGAGCAGCGGGGCUGGAAAUACUUCCGCACAGAACGAAGAAGGAGAACUGGAAUGGAGUCCAAGUGUGAGAGGAAUUCUACUGGGGGCGUACUAUUAUGGCUACAUCAUCACUCAGGUGGUAGGCGGUGUGUUGGAGCAGAAGUUGGGCGGCAAACUCGUGUACGGGACGGGCAUGUUGGCCAUAGCUGCCCUGGACGCUCUUGGUCCAGUGGCCUCCAGGACCAGCCCUUGGGCGAUGUUUGCUGUCAGAUUCAUCAUGGGUCUGGUGUCUGGAGUUCUGUUCCCCACCAUGUACGGAGUCUGGGGCCGAUGGGCUCCCCCUACCGACAGGACAAAACUUCUGGCGUUUUGCUACAUAGGAUUGCCCAUUGGUUACAUAGUCAACUACCCACUGGCGUCCUUCCUAGCUGCUGAGCUGGGCUGGGAGGCCAUAUUCUAUAUUCCUGGAGGUUUUGUAGCAGUCUGGCUCGUAUUUUGGCUCCUCCUGGCUUACGACUCGCCUGCAAAACAUCCACGGAUCCUGGAGGAAGAACAGAAGUACAUAGAAGACAGUAUCGGGGAUAAAGUACAACAGAAACCAAGAGUUCCUUGGCUGAAAGUAUUGUCGUCACUUCCGGUCUGGGCUCUCAUCGUCGGUCAAUUCUCUACCAACUGGGGCAGCUACUUCUUGCUUACCCAACUGCCGAACUACAUGAAGAAUGUGUUGGGAUUCAACAUUAGAACGAACGGUUUACUGUCUGCUCUCCCGUACGUCCUCGCCAUGGUGUCCAUGUUGGUGUCAAGCGUUGCGGCUGACCGCUUGAUCCAAAACGGGAAGAUUCCCAAGGUGUGGAUAAGGAGGGGAUUCCUUAUCACAGGAUUUUCCGGCAUGGUGAUCUGCGGAGUGAUCCUGGCGAACCUGAGCGGAUGUAACCCUGUCGCUGCCGUUGCCCUGCUGUGUCUUAUCCAGGCCUUCAACUCCCUGACGACAGCAGGCAUGCGGGCGGUCCAUGUUGAGUUCGCGCCCAGGUUCAGCGGGGUGACAUUCGCCCUGGCCAACACGGCAGGGACUAUGUCGGGCAUCUUCGCUCCUCUGUUGGUCGGAUUCAUAACAGAGAAUGAUCCAACUCUGGCUGCCUGGAUGAAAAUCUUCUACAUAGGAGCGGCUAUUCAGGGUGUGGGGGGAAUUUUCAUCGUGGUGUUCAUGCGCACUGACGUCCAGCCCUGGGCUCGGGAAGAGGCCGACAUAGAGACCAACAUCGACCAAAAGGGGACAGAACUGACAGAGCUGACCUCAUCAUUGUUAAUGAACACGCCGAGAUGUUGACACAGAAUGUCGAGAUGUUCAUCACCAAGUUAUAGAUAAUUUGGUCCCUUCUUUGGACUUUUGACGAGUUUCUUUGUUCUUAUUUGCAUUGUUACUUCUGUCUAUUACACAUAUUCCAAAAAAGAUCAAGAAAAAUGCAAACAAUCAUUUUGAGUGUUAUUGCACCUAACAAUUAAAGGCAUUGUCUUACAAAUAAAAAAUGAUAUUGUGGCCGCGGAUCUAAUUGAGCUAUAAGACAUAGAUUGUUACCUGAAUGUCUAUUUUGAUUACCUGCAUCAAAUUGGGCAAUACUAAAGACAGUUUAACAUGUCACCUUUUAGUAACAGUAUCUGUAUCGGUAU